UCAAAAUUUCAACCCAUCCUGUGCAGUUUGACGGCCUUCAACUUGACAAAUAUUCACAAUAUUCACAAAAAAUUUCGCUAUAAUAAACUUUGAGCAUCAAUAUUAUGGGAUUAUCUUAGCUUGAACAGUAAAACUGCAGCAGUUUAAUGUCUAUGAGUCAUAGAAAGUGUAUUGAAGUUACUGUAGAUGAAUUCUGAUGGGGCUGGGCGUUGAUUUUACGUCUUUAGAAUGGAACUAGAAAUAACCGCUCAGCCUGUGUCUUUUAUUUUGAAGGGCAGUCCCAGAAUCCCUUACGUCAUUCGGUCUGACUUGACGGUUAGUUUUGAGGGAAAGUAGCGGCGGACGGAGCGGCUGAAUUUACCGGAGCAGGUCUCAACACCGGCUGCAGUCCGUUAUUCUGCUUUAAUUUGACUUAAAUCUACCUUGAGCAUGUCCCAUAAAAACAACACCGCGGUUUUCUGCAGUUUAAAGUGAAUAAAAGUGAAGAAACGCCGCCGAAAUUCGUCUUUUUUUUUAACUCGCUUCUGUCAACUUUGUGGAAAUAUGUAACCAGGAGGACUGUAAAAUGGAGCAGUCGGCUACUCUGGACAUAGAAACGCUCAAGAUCACCCAGGAGCAGUUCAUCCUCGCCUCCCAGUCCCUGCACCUCCAGCGGCCGGGCUGCGACCCAGUUUACCCAGUGGGGCUGUACGGAUGGAGGAAAAGAUGCCUGUACUUCUUCCUGCUGCUGCUGCUGGCCACCAUGAUAGUUAACCUGGCCCUCACCGUCUGGAUCAUAAAGGUCAUGAACUUCUCAGUGGACGGGAUGGGAAACCUCCAGCUGAACCAGGACGGGAUUCGCCUGGAGGGAAUCAGCGAGUUCCUGCUGCCUCUGUAUGUGAAUGAGAUCCAGUCCAGGAGGGACAGCUUGUUGGUCUUGCGGUCAGAAAAGAACGUGACCAUGAAUGCCAGAAACAACGAAGGCCAGCUGACCGGUCAGCUCACAGUGGGACCUGAGGCUGUGGAGGCUCAGUGUCAGAGGCUGGAGGUGCGAAGCAGAGAUGGAGGUAAACUUCUGUUCACUGCAGACGAAGAAGAGGUCGUCAUGACGACAGAGAAGUUCACAGUCACAGGUUCAGACGGCGCCGUGUUUGGUCAUUCAGUAGAAACUCCCCUGAUCCAGGCGAGGGCUUCUGAAGACCUGAAGCUGGAGUCUCCAACACGAACCCUGACCAUGGAGGCUCCCAGAGGGGUGGAAGUCAGCGCUGCCAAGGGCCCUCUGAAGGUCAGCGGCCGGAAGGACCUACAGCUGGAGUCCACAGAGGGAGAGAUACUUUUAGACGCCAACACCAUUCAGCUCGGCAGCCUCCCGCUGGGCGUCUAUGCAGCGUCUGCCGGUCAGGCCUCCGAGGACCAGGCCUUGUACGAGGUUUGUGUUUGCCCCAGCGGUAAGAUCUACCUCUCCCCCGCCGAGAGCAGCUCCACCUGCCAGGCCAUGAGCAACAUCUGCCUCUGGAGCUGACCUGGCCGACAAGGACACCGACAACAUCUGGUGUGGAGCCGCAGACGCCAAACUCUUCACUUCUUCCACCGAUGGAAGCUCCCUGGAAUCAGGAAUCUGUACAGGAGAAUCUCCACUACCUUCUUAGAGUCAAAGGACUUUUAUUUUUCUACUCUGGGUUUAUUGCGGACAAGCCGUGACUGUUUUCCCGAUUCAGAAAGAACAGAAGGGAAGAGAUAAAACACAGGUGCCUUCAGCUUUACACGGCGUCAUGUUGAAACUGUGUGCAAUCGGAGUCAAAUGUAGAAAGUGAAAGAAGCACAAUAUCCCCCCUUGACUAAAUCCUUUUUCUUUCCAUCGACAUGUUUUUUUCCAACCAUGUUAGUGUGUGUUUGAAAUUAAACAUGUUUUUAUGUGGAACAUGA